GUCCUCACGCUGAAAGGCAUGAUCGAGCCCGUCUGCGGCGUGCCCGCCGCGACGCAGCGCCUCAUCCACCGCGGCCGCGUGCUCAAGGACGAUCAGCGCGUCUCCAGCGCGCGCCUCACCGACGGAGACACGAUCUUGCUCGUCCAGCGCCCGCCG